GUGAUGUAUCAGGUAGAAGGAUUUGUUGACAAGAAUAAUGACCUGCUUUACCGUGAUCUGUCCCAAGCUAUGUGGAAGGCCAACCACUCCCUCAUUAAAGCACUAUUUCCAGAAGGAAACCCUGUCAAGAUUAAUUUAAAGAGGCCACCAACAGCAGGUUCCCAAUUCAAAGCUUCUGUGGCAACAUUGAUGAGGAAUUUGCAAACCAAAAAUCCCAAUUAUAUCAGAUGUAUUAAACCUAAUGACCAAAAAGCAGCACACAUCUUCAGUGAUGCUCUUGUGUGCCAUCAAGUUCGAUAUUUGGGUCUGCUGGAAAAUGUCCGAGUCAGAAGGGCAGGAUAUGCAUUCCGUCAAACCUAUGAGCCUUGCCUAGAAAGAUACAAAAUGCUUUGCAAAGAGACAUGGCCACAAUGGAGAGGCCCCGUGAGAAUCGGUGUAGAGGUCCUUUUUAAUAAGCUGGAAGUCCCUGAAGAAGAAUACUCUUUGGGUAGAUCAAAAAUAUUCAUCCGCAAUCCAAGAACCCUUUUCAAAUUAGAAGACCUAAGAAAACAACGUCUUGAGGAUUUGGCUACCUUAAUCCAAAAAAUUUACAGGGGCUGGAAGUGCCGCACGUAUUUCCUUCUCAUGAAAAAAAGUCAGAUUGUGAUUUCCGCCUGGUAUAGAAAAUAUGCGCAACAAAAGAAGUACCAGCAGAUCAAGCGCUCUGCCAUCAUUGUACAGUCUUACAUCAGAGGAUGGAAAGCUCGAAAGCUGCUUCAUGAACUGAAGCACCAGAAACGCUGUGAAGAAGCUGUUACAACCAUUGCAGCCUAUUGGCACGGAGCUCAGGCCCGAAGGGAACUGAGGCGGCUGAAGGAGGAGGCUAGGAAUAAACUUAUUCAGAAAUACUUUUUGGAAAUGAAGAAUAAGAUGCCUUCUUUAUCACCAGUAGACAAAAACUGGCCAGCAAGGCCUUACCUGUUUUUGGAUUUAACUCAUAAGGAACUGAAGAGGAUAUUUCAUUUGUGGAGG